GCAGGCGAGGGGUACACAGUUGCAAUCAGGCUUUAGCAACUGUACUCAUUCUAGCUCUCCAUCUGGUCCUCAAUCUGUGAUUUAAACCAUCGAACGCUUUAAAUAUCAUUCUCCCUCGAAGCUGGUUUCUCUUUAUCACCUGCGGGCUUUCAUCCGGCUUCCUUUACCGGUCCUGGUUUAUUCGGUGCCUCUCAUCUGGCCCGCAUGGAGUCAGCCUUUGGUCAAAACUUCGUCUGUUGCGCGAUCCCUUUACGCGAUCUACAUGAUUUACUUGAACACUUUGAACAAGCUCAUUGUCAGGCCGGUGAUAUCGCCGAAUUCGAUGGCUUCGAGGGUCUUACACUAGACCAAAUGGCAGCAGGGGUUGGUUUCUCCGCCGAGUUCGGUCUUGAUCCUGGCAACGCCUCUCAGAACAAUAACUCCGAUCCCAAUGCUCGUCACUGUGGUCGUUCGCCAUCAGUUUCAGUCAAUCCGCGCGCCGCAUCUUUCUCACACACGUUACAUGAGCUGAGAUUUGAGGAUGAAGAAGAAUCGAGCUCAGGACAUGAUACCAGUACUAGAAGUGGUUCACCGGCUCAUGUCUACAGGUCCCCUCUCCAAUCGCAUUCAGAGAUGCAAAUCGGUCCAGAAGUUGAAGAGGAUACAAUGACUCGAUUAGGAAAGACAUUAAGGGAAACACUUGGAACUCUACGACCUAAUCCGAUCACCAUCGAUCGAUCUCGUAAUUCCUCAAAUUCACGUUCUCGGUCUGGUUCACUUUCCGAAUCUCAUGACGAUGGAGCUUCAGCAGCCGAUCGAGUACUUUCAGAUUUAAUCGCAAGUUUCAGAUCUAAAGCGCGUGGAAAUCGACAUGAUCCUCUUCAAAGUUCAAGACAUUUGAGACAUGAUAAUGGGAAAACAGCUGGUUAUUUUGGGCGAAUUGAAGUGGCACCAACCGAGUCGAAUGGAAGAAAUGAUAGAAUGGAAGGAGGAGCAAUUGAUCCAGCUCUAGUACUCGAAAGUCGCCCAUUUGAAGGAGCUGAUGGAAUCAGAGAUUCACUUGGUGAUGAUGAUAUUCCUGAUCAUCUCAAACUUGAUCCAGAGCAACUUUUAAAACAUCAACAACAGCAGAGACGUAGAAGGAGACCAAAUGUGGACCCGGUGACAGGUUUGACUCCUACUGGUCGAUUACCACGCCCUUGGACACCGGUUUCAGAAAAACCUUUCAAGUGUUCGGUACCGGGAUGUGAGAAAGCUUAUAAACAGCAGAGCGGAUUGAAAUAUCACAAAACACAUGGACAUCCUUCUCAGACCAUCCUAACAGCCGACGCAGAAUCAAAACCGUUCAUAUGCCAUGACAUUGUAUGCGGGAAAAGAUACAAGAAUAUAUAUAGUCUACGAUCCCAUUAUCAGAAUACAGGACCACAUGGUGCGCUGGGGAUCCAAUUACUUUUACUUGGAGCUCACCCACAUCAAUAUCAUCCUCGGUAUAAGAAAUCUUCGAUGAUCAACUCUAGGAAUCCUUCGUUUUGUCCUGGUUCUUCUAGCUCUUCUCCUCCCUCUUCUUGAGGAAGGUAAGGAUUUAGAAGUUGUAGUGAAUUUAUUUUAUUUUAUCUUUUGUUUUUAUUUUCUUGUUGCUCGCAGAAUCAAAAGCGUUCAUAUGUCGUGAC